AUGUGGGAUUAUUAUUCCGAAAAGUCUAUUCUCAUUACGGGAGCCUCUGGGUUCCUGGGAACUGCAAUCACUCAUCGGCUAGCUUCAAAAGCGUGUCCCAAGCGCAUGUAUAUACUGUGUCGGGGAGGGAAAAGCCAACUGAUUAAGAAAUGGCGGAGAAAUCUGCCCAAGGAUUUUGACUGGUUGCUCAACCUAGAGUCUAUAACGGUGCUAGAUGGAGACAUCAUGAAAGCCGGCCUUGGACUCCCACGGGAGAUCAUCUCUGAGCUGCAAAAGGAGGUGAAUAUUAUCAUCCAUGCGGCCUCUACAAUCAACCUGACCUAUUCACUUGAACGGGUGUUUGAACAUAUCGUCAUCCCAAGCGAAUCGUUAGCUCAGAUGGCUCUGGACUUUACCAACCUAGAUCGAUUUGUCUAUGUAUCCACGGCCUUCGCCAAUACACAUCUUUACAAGGUUUCCAACAAGGCUGAAACAGUGAUAAACGAAGACAUCUACCCACUCCUGGGUGAAGGAAAAUUGUUGGAUGACAGCCUUCUCAGUGCCCAAGAUGCCCGUGACCAAAUCAAGAAGACGGGCUUCUCGGCUGAAUUUGAACUCCAUGACUUUCCCUGGCCAUAUGCGUAUGGAAAGCACCUCGCAGAACGAUUGAUCCUGAAUCUCUUCAUAGACAAAGGAUGGGCAUCCAAGGUGCUAAUAAUCCGCCCUUCUGUGAUAGGACCGGCGGAGAGAUAUCCAUACCCGGGCUAUAGUGUUCCCUUCUCAACGCCAUCAACAGCUCUCGCAGCUGCGAUUAUUGCGUCCCCUGUCUUUAGUGUCACAGUGCCUACACGGUGUUCACGACCAGCAAUCGAGGCUACCAUUGAUGAGGUUCCAGUGGAUGUUGUUGUUGAUCGAAUGGUAGCCCACGUCGCCUUGAAUACCACCGGUUGCGUUCAAGCCGUGGGAGGCGAACGUGGCCGUGUUACCUUCGAAGACUUCUGGGGCGCCGCAAUGAAGCUAAGAAGACUACCAUGGGAGCCGCGCAUAGUUUGGUCAUCAACUGUUGAUUGGCAUUCACCAGACUUACAUCCUGUGCUACGACUGUAUGUUAUUCUCGGCACUGCCUUUCUCUUUAGAGAGGAGAAGACCGAUAAACUUUGGGAGAGACUUUCUUCGGAUGAACGAGAAGAUGUGAUAUUGUUCAGGAAUACCGCAGGGAAGUCAUACGAGCUGAUAUCAAGGCGAGAGCACAUUCGCCUCCUCCUGAGACUGUUUGCAAGGCGAACUAUCUUUCCAGCGUGGUUAUUGGUCUAUUUGUGUCGUUGAGCAAAGUAUCCUCAUUUCUUACUCCAUGAUCUUGACUUGUUGUGUUUUACGAAAAGAAGUAC